UCUCUCUCUCUCUCUCUCUCUCAUCUCCAAACAAACAGCAUUUUUGCAUCAAUUUACAAUUCUUCUUCUACCCACCACCCAAAAAACCAAGCAAAGAAAGAAGAAAGACAAUGUCUGGGGUUUGGGUUUUCAAGAAUGGGGUGAUUCGUCUGGAAAAUCCACAGGCUGAGACAUCUUCCAGGAAGAAGGCCUUGGUGCACUUGCCAAGUGGAGAGGUGGUGUCGUCCUACUCGACGCUCGAGCAAAUAUUGACCGGGUUAGGGUGGGAGAGGUACUAUGGGGGCGACCCCGACCUCUUCCAAUUCCACAAGCGAUCUUCCAUUGACCUAAUCUCUCUCCCCAGAGACUUCUCCAAGUUCAACUCCGUUUACAUGUACGAUAUUGUCAUUAAAAACCCCAACAUCUUCCAUGUCCGAGACAUGUAGCUAGCUAUUUGCGAUGAUCAGUUGGUAUCCUAAAUUAAUCUUGUGUGAGUCUCAUUUGUUACCUUUCAUUUCCUUCUUUAAUUAUGUCAUCCUUAGUCUUGGUUCAGUCAGUGUUUUAUAUGUUUUGGGGUUAAUUUUAUUUGCUUGUAAUAAAGAGUACAUCUACAUGUUGUUGUUUGUGUUAUAUAUUUGGGGAGUGGAUUGCUUUGUAAAAUAUUGGCUUUGAUGUGAUCAUCUAAUAAGAACAGUUCAUGUGAUUUCAAGCAAA